AUGAAUGAACCUAUUUUUCAUUACUAUGGCAACAAAGCAGGUGUGGAAGGAGCAGAUUAAAUUAAAUAAGUGAUAGAUGAUGCCACUCGAGGAUCUGAAUAUUACAAAAGAUAAUAGGAGAAACGAUAAUAAGUUCUGUAAAAAGUGAAUAAGAUGUAGAUGGAAUUGGACAGCUAUAAAAAUAAUGAACAAAAAAUCAAGGAAACCAAAGAGAUUAUUUAGAAUAAAGUGAAAGAAUUUUAAAUUAACACAGAUAGAAUUUGGGCGCAUUUUGAUAUGGAUAUGUUUUACGUAGCUUGUGAACUAUUGGACAAGCCAGAACUUAAAGACAAACCUGUUGCUGUAGGCUAAACUAUCGUUUCCACUGCAAAUUAUGUGGCUAGAAAAUUUGGUGUUAGAUCUGCUAUGCCAGGUUUUGUUGCAAAGAAGCUAUGUCCUGAAAUCAUCUUCAUUCCUUGUCAUUUCGAGAAAUAUAAGAGUGUUUCAAAUAUUUUUAUGACUAUCCUUAAAAAAUAUGACGAUAAUCUAGAAUCUAUGGGGUUGGAUGAGGCUAAUUUAGAUCUUACAGAAUAUAUAAAUAAUUCCCAAGAAGAUCCAGCAAUAUUAUGUGAAAACAUCAGAAAGGAUAUCCUCUUAGCAACACAACUCACAGCCAGUUGUGGAGUUGGCCCAAAUAAAAUGAUUGCUAAACUUGCCUCUGAAAUUAAUAAACCCAAUGGGUUGCAUGUUGUUGAAUAAUCUGCUACAGCAGUUCUCAAUUUCUUAGAAAAAUUGCCUAUAAGAAAGAUUCCUGGAAUUGGAAAUAUCACUGAGUAAAUAUUAAGUGGCUUAAACUUUAAUACUUGUAAGGAUGUCAGGGACAGAGCUGAUGAACUCUAUGUUAUCUUUACUCCUAAAACAUUUGAAUACAUUUUUUACUCUUGUUGGGGAGUGGCUAGGAACUAUCAUGUAGAAUUUGAAGAUUAACAUAGUAUAAGUUGUCAGCGAACAUUUUCUAGCAUAAGUACUUAAAGAGAAUUCGAAGAUAAAGUUGAUUAUAUUGCUGAAAAACUAGCAGAAGAAAUGUAAUCAGAAGAAAAAGUAGGAAAUCAUCUGACUUUGAUUAUCAAAACAUCCAAAUUUGAAAUUCGGAGUAAAUCAUUGUAACUUAAUUAAUAUACAAAUCAAGCUAAAUAAAUUGCUAUAUAUGGAAAACAAUUACUCAAAAUUAUGUAAUUAGAUGAACCAAUUAGAUUACUUGGGUUAAAAAUGAGUUCACUUGCAAAUGAAAAAUAAAUUCAAAAAUAAUCCAUAUCUACCUAUUUCAAAAGACAAAUUGAUAAAUCAAGUGGCUAAGAAAAUUUAGUGCCGUCCAUUAAAGGUUCAAAGUCUCAUCAAAUUACUGAGGAAAAUGACUCAUUCAAUAAAAUGUCACUUCAAUAGCAGGAGCAAUCUAAACCUGAUAUCCUAAGUGACGAUGAGGCUAGUAGUAUUAGUAAUUAGAUCUUAUCUGGAGUUAAUAGUAAAAGUCAUUAAUCCCAAUAACAGCAAUAAUAAUAUUAGUAAAAAUAGUAAGCGUAGCCGAAGUCCUUCCGUUGUCCAAUUUGUAAUAAAGAAAUUGAUUGCAAAGGAAAUAAUACUGUGUUAAAUAAGCAUAUAGACAGAUGCAUAACUUAAUAAAAUGUCAUAGUAGAAUAAUCAGAUGAGUCAAAUAGAAAUUUUUCAGGUUCAAAAAUCAAAGUUCCUUCAAAAAUUGAUAGCAAGGCUUAGAAGAGUUUUAACUUCUUUAAGAAAUGA